UGAUGAUGGCAGUGGUGGUUUUGGAACCUCACUCUGAGAAACACUGUUUAAUAAGAGGUUUGAUGGUUGAGAUACAAUAAGGCUUUGAGGCAAGAGUCUAGUUGGCUUACUCUCUUUGACCAGCCUAGAGUUCCGUAUGUAUAAGUCUGUCCUUCAGAAGUUCCUGGCUGGUUCACCCUGUAAUACCAACAGAGAUGGGUAAAGGUCUAUGCCCUUCUACUCAUUUUUCUCAUGGUAUCCAAGUCACUUUCAGGUGAGGUUUCAGAUGGUGUGCUUGGCUCUAAAUUGCUGCUUGUCUGAUUUUUGAAACAUGCCCAUCCUAUGCCCUUUAUUUUACUAGGACUGGUGACAUUCCUGUCAGGAAAUGCUUGUGUGUCCUUGAGCACAGCCCCUUGAUUGGCUGGGCUGGCAAGCAGGCCGAGCAUGAGUGUGCUGUUUGUUAGCCAGGUUUACACAGAGAGAUUAUCUCUUCAGCCCAGGAGUUGAAUUUCAAGGGCAAAGUACACAGUUGGUUGAAAAGUUGAGAACACCUGGCAGAGACAAUUUCACUUGCCCAGCCCUUGGUGUGUUCCCACAGAGGUCAGGUUUUUUCAUUUAUGAGAGUUCCUCUAAGGCAGCAUGGCUCCAGGCGCCAUCACCAUCACGUUUCAACACCAGAGGCUUCAGGGCUCUGGGCUUGCAGAGAGCCGAAAUGACCAUGACUGCCAACAAGAACUCCAGUAUCACUCAUGGAGCCGGAGGCACUAAGGCCCCUCGGGAGACGCUGAGCAGGUCUCAGUCAGUUUCUCCGCCUCCAGUUUUAUACCCACCAAGAAGUCCCAUCUACCCACUCAGUGAUAGUGAAACCUCAGCCUGCAGGUAUCCCAGCCACUCUAAAUCCCAGGUGCUUCUCAAGGACCGGCACUCCCGAAAUCCUUCACCUCUAGGUCAAGACCCCUCCCCAGACACUUCACCACCCAUCUGUACCCUCAAGGCUACCAGCUUCAGCUACUUGGACAGAACCCCUUCAUUACGCAGAAGAGAGGACCAGAGGGAGAGCGUUCAAGGUGCAGUCCAGGAUGUAGAGGGUGUGGCUGCUUGCCUUCCCCUUGCCCAGAGCACCCCAUUCCUAGGGUCUGGCCCACGGAGUGUCUUGCUGAGUUGCACUGGUACCCGAGCCCACAACCUGGGUAUCCGAGAGAAGAUUUCAGCAUGGGAAGGUCGCCGAGAGGCUUCACCCAGGAUGAAUCUGUGUGGAGAGAAGCGGGAGGGCCCUGGGAGCGAGAGAUCGGUCAGUGAGGGCUGCCCUAGCGUGGGCUGCCCCAGUGUGGUGCCAUCCCCUUGCAGCUCAGAAAAGACCUUUGAUUUCAAAGGCCUCCGGAGGAUGAGCAGGACCUUAUCUGAGUGUUCCUACCCUGAGACAGAGGAGGAGUCAGAGGCACUUCCUGUACGGGACUCUUUAUACCGGCUGGAGAAGCGUCCAAGCCGGACUGAGCCCAGUGCCUUGCUCAGGGGCCAUGGCAUCAGGAAAGAGAGCUCAGCAGUGCUGAGCCGGAUCCAGAAAAUUGAACAAGCCCUAAAGGAGCAGCCUGGCUGUGGUCUCCCCCAGCUCCCUAGCAGCUGCUACAGUGUAGACCAUGGGAGGAGGAAGACUGGAACCUUGGGCACCUCGGAGGAGCCAGCAGGAACUGCAAGUGUAAGCUCCAGCAGCAGGGCAGGAGGAGCCACCGGAGUUGCCAGGGAGGCAGGCCCACCCCUGGACAGGGAAGGCAGUGGUUCCAUGAAGUCAGAGACUCCUGGAAAUAGCUCUAGUCCCCAGCUGCUGCCUUCAAAGAGCUCCCCUGAUCCCGCUGUGAACCCUGUUCCCAAACCCAAGCGUACCUUUGAGUACGAGGCUGACAAGAAUCCCAAGCCGAAGCCAAGCAAUGGUCUACCUCCUUCACCCACACCUGCUGCUCCACCUCCCUUACCUUCCACCCCAGCCCCACCAGUCACCCGGAGGCCAAAGAAGGAUAUUCGUGGUCACCGGAAGUCACAGAACAGAAAAUCCUUUGAGUUUGAGGAUGCAUCCAGUCUCCAGUCCCUGUACCCCUCUUCUCCUACUGAGAAUGGUACUGAGAGUCAACCCAAGUUUGGAUCCAAAAGCACUUUAGAAGAGAAUGCAUAUGAAGAUAUUGUGGGAGGGCUUCCCAAGGAGAAUCCCUAUGAGGAUGUGGACUUAAAGAACCGAAGAGCUGGACGAAAAUCCCAGCAACUGUCUGAGAACUCCCUGGACUCUUUGCACAGGAUGUGGAGUCCUCAAGACAGGAAGUACAACAACCCACCCAUGCAGCUGUCCCUGAAACCCAGCAGCCAGUCCCUGCGCAGUGGGAACUGGUCAGAAAGGAAGAGCCAUCGUUUGCCACGAUUACCCAAGAGGCAUAGCCAUGAUGACAUGAUGCUGCUGGCUCAGCUGAGCCUGCCAUCUUCACCCUCCAGCCUCAAUGAGGACAGCCUCAGCACCACAAGUGAGCUGCUGUCCAGCCGCAGGGCCCGUCGCAUUCCCAAGCUUGUCCAAAGAAUUAACUCUAUCUAUAAUGCCAAGAGAGGAAAGAAGAGGUUGAAAAAGCUGUCUCUGUCCAGCCUUGAGACAGCCUCAUUGAGAGAUGAGAACAGUGAAAGUGAGAGUGACUCUGAUGACAGGUUCAAAGCCCACACACAGCGCUUGGUCCACAUCCAGUCAAUGCUGAAGCGCGCACCCAGCUAUCGGACACUGGAGCUGGAGCUGCUCGAAUGGCAGGAGCGGGAGCUCUUUGAAUACUUUGUGGUUGUGUCCCUCAAGAAGAAGCCAUCUCGUAACACCUACCUCCCUGAAGUCUCCUACCAGUUUCCCAAGCUGGACCGACCCACCAAGCAGAUGCGGGAGGCAGAAGAAAGGCUCAAAGCUAUCCCCCAGUUUUGCUUUCCAGAUGCCAAGGACUGGCUCCCUGUGUCAGAAUACAGCAGUGAAACCUUUUCUUUCAUGCUGACUGGGGAAGACGGUAGCAGACGCUUUGGCUAUUGUAGGCGCUUACUGCCAAAUGGGAAAGGGCCUCGGUUGCCAGAGGUGUACUGUGUCAUCAGCCGCCUAGGCUGCUUCGGCCUGUUUUCCAAGGAGGUGGAGAAGGCGCUCCCAACACUCUUUCCUUUGGGCUGCUGGUGGUGUGCACAGGUCCUAGAUGAGGUGGAGCGCCGGCGUGGAAUCUCAGCUGCUCUGGUCUACCCCUUUAUGAGAAGUCUCAUGGAAUCGCCCUUUCCAGCCCCAGGGAAAACCAUCAAAGUGAAGACAUUCCUGCCUGGUGCUGGCAAUGAGGUGUUAGAGCUGCGUCGGCCGAUGGACUCCCGGCUGGAGCACGUGGACUUUGAGUGCCUCUUCACCUGCCUCAGUGUGCGCCAGCUGAUCCGAAUCUUUGCCUCAUUGCUGUUGGAACGCAGAGUCAUUUUUGUAGCAGAUAAGCUCAGUACCCUGUCCAGCUGCUCUCAUGCGGUGGUGGCCUUGCUCUACCCCUUCUCCUGGCAGCACACCUUCAUUCCUGUCCUCCCAGCCUCCAUGAUUGACAUUGUCUGCUGUCCCACCCCUUUCCUGGUUGGCCUGCUCUCCAGCUCCCUUCCCAAACUGAAGGAGCUGCCUGUGGAAGAGGCACUGAUGGUGAAUCUAGGAUCUGACCGAUUCAUCCGACAGAUGGAUGAUGAGGACACACUGUUACCUAGGAAGUUACAGGCUGCUCUGGAGCAGGCUCUGGAGAGGAAGAACGAGCUGAUCUCCCAGGAUUCUGACAGUGACUCUGAUGAUGAAUGUAAUACCCUCAAUGGACUUGUGUCAGAGGUGUUUAUCCGGUUCUUUGUGGAGACCGUGGGGCACUACUCCCUCUUCCUGACACACAGUGAGAAGGGAGAAAGGGCUUUUCAGCGCGAGGCCUUCCGAAAGUCUGUGGCCUCCAAAAGCAUCCGCCGUUUCCUUGAGGUUUUUAUGGAGUCUCAGAUGUUUGCUGGCUUCAUCCAAGACAGGGAGCUAAGAAAGUGUCGAGCAAAGGGCCUCUUUGAGCAGCGAGUAGAGCAGUAUCUAGAAGAGCUCCCUGACACUGAGCAGAGUGGGAUGAACAAGUUUCUCCGUGGCUUGGGCAACAAGAUGAAGUUCCUCCACAAGAAGAAUUAAAUAUCUAGUAGUAGAGUCUAAGUGCUUUGCAGAGCCCAGGGAGAGGGCCCAGCCUGGGACCCUGUGGGAUGUUGUGGCUACCUUGCUUCUACAGACCCCACCUCCAAAGCCAGUGCACCUCUGCCUUCAUCAUAUCCCAGGAUACCGUUUGUAAAUAAUCUGCUGUAAGCUUUCCUGUUUUUGUAACAAGCAAAGAGAAUCUGAUAAAUAUUUGUAUAUCCCAAAGGGCCGGGUGCUUUCUUGCCUUGUCUGAGCAUGGAAGGAGUCUUGCUGGGUGCUGGUGACUGGCCAGUUAUGUGCAGCUGACUGUCUCAGCCAAACCACUGUUUCCUGAAGACUUCUGGCCUGUCUCCCUGAGGCCCUGCUGCCAGUUUUGGGCCCUGGAGAGCAGGUGCUGUCUUAAUUAUGUGUAAGAGGACUGUUUUUCUGGUUGUUUCUAUUUUUACUUCUUAGUUUGCCUAUCUGCCAAGCCUGUUUCUGAAAGGCAAGAACCACCCUGUCCCUAUUUGCAAUGUAAAGCCAGACGCUUGGGCCUGGUUUUUGUUCCUUCCACCGUCUGACAUGGGUCAGUUGAAUCAUGGUUAGUGGAGCUCCCAGUCAGUGGUGGCCAUGAUGCGGUACAGGGCAAUUUUCCUUCCACCAUCCACCGAUGUUCUCAAUAAACUGUACAUUCAUUUUG